GGAAAACACCCAGACAUCAAUCGAAAAAAUGACGUCGCGAGUCGUCACCAUCUUUUGAGAAUACACGCAUUUUAUUUUUUGUUUAGCAAAAGACGGUGGCGACGGAACACUCCUAUAAUAAGCGUUUUGUUGACGAUAUCUUUGUGUUGUUGUGUUUUCCUGGACAAUAAUAUACACAGAAAUGGGUGACGAAAUGGAUCCUUGCGAGUGCAUCUGGAACCACGAAUUGGCAAUGCGGCGACUGAUCUCUCUGCUUCGUCAAGGACAAUCCUACUGCACGGACACAGAAUGCCUGGACGAGAUGAGCGGAUUGCCACAGCCCGAGUCGGCAGGCAACAGCUUCCUGGUGAUGUUUGCGAUGAUGGCGCUCGCCGUCGCUAUGUACAUGCUGCGCCCGCGGCGCCGCCAGUUGCCCGAAGCCAACAAGCCUCCGCGCAACUCACAGGAUCACGACGGAGCUCCGCCGACGCCGCCUAGAAUUUAAUCGUGGACGGGACCGGACAGCGACCUAUUUCAUAUAAAAUAUUAACCUAAAAGGUUCCACUUAAAAGUCCUAAUAUCUGCUAAUUAUUUUAUAUGAAACGGGCUCGAAAUAACCGACGACCAUGCCGCGAUCACAGUAAAGGGCUAAGAUCCGAGCGUUUUGACUGUGUCUUUUAUUUCCUAACCGUCAUAUUGGCGUAACUUAGGGUUAGUACAUACAGACUAUCUUGGUAGGGCUAUUAAAGUCACACAAUAAACACAUUGGCAGCCAAAAACGCCGAACAUUGACCCUAACUGAACCGCUAUGUAUAAUAAAAUAUAUAUUCAUGUAAGACCUCAAAAGGUCGAUAAUUCCCUUUAAAAAUAAAUAGAUCUAACUUCCGUAAAUGUUUAACCAGCCUAACUAAAAUGUUAAAUACAUUCAACAGUUUCAUUCCAUUAUAGAUUGUAUUUAUGUUAGACUUCAUGAUUUCCUGACAUUUUUAGUUUAAUAUAGCAAAAUCUCGAAUCUUCUGACUCUAUGUAAAGAAGUACCUAAACUCAUUAAUUGUGAUGAGUUUUAAUAAUAAAUUUGACAAUGUUUUAUGUCGAUCUGACAAAUUUUAAACACCAGAAAGUUUUAGUCGCGUCUAAAUUUUAAAGGCAAAGUUAAAUCAAGUUAUGUAAAACCGUUAACAACGGAGUUGUGAUACAAUGUCUCAAAACAAAUGCGAAGAUGCUUGCAAGGAAUUCAGGGAAUCUUGCCAAUUUCAGGUGCUUCAUUCUUCUUCUAAAACCACCAGAAGUGUUGACUUACCUUGUUAGUAAACAGCUAAAUUAUUACGUAAGUCUGGACUUUAAGGUGUAUUUUUACAUGCACUCGUGUUUAAAAGUUCUCCGUCUCCUUGCAAUGAUACGUGCAAUUUAUAUGUAUGAAAAAAUAGGUAAAUGCUGGAAUCGCUACGAGGAUCAGCACCACUCUUAUUACAAUGAUUUUCGCAAGAAAACACGAAGAGCGCGCGCAUUAGCUUGCUCGUUGUAUAUUUUAUUUAGGUCUGACUUAUAUGUAGAAUAUAAGACGAAUACCUAUACUAUAUGUUUAAAAAGAUUUAAGUGAUCAUAUCUGUAUUCAGAUAAUAUUUAAUCUAUUUUAAUUUGAUUGAAUGCACUAUUUUAUUUUAAAUUAUGAAAAUAUAAUGCUUAGUUAUAUUGGGUGGGUUUUGUUUCUUUAUCACUAUUGCUAAUAAUGUCAAGACACCGAUGGAGAUUUUUAUUGAUAUUAUGAAAAAAUAAAUAAAACAACUACAA